CUGCAUUCUAAUGAAUCCUCAAAUGUUCUGACCGAAUCUUUUCAGUCAGAGGCUUCUUGCAUGUUUAUAGAUCGAUUGUAAUUUAACACGUAAGGCGAUGAUAUUUUUAAAGCAUUUCGCACACGAAAACGGCAUCAUAUGAAAAUAAAUCAAUGCCACCUCUGUCGCUGCUGUCACAUUCAAUCUUGCCAACGUCGUUAGUAGCAGAUGACUUCAUACACCUAGAUGUCGUACUGUAAUCUCAGUCAGAGAGGGACAGAAAUAUCAAGCAACAGAUAAUCCGAAGGAUUAACAGUUUAAUUAAAGGUUACGAUACACAGUCCCACUGGAGCUCGUUCAUUAAGGUGUCAUGCAGCAGAAAGUGUGCACACGCAACACAGCGCUGUUUGUGAAGAACGGUCAGGCGUGUGGAGCCGGAGCCCCUCCUCAACUUCCUUUCCGCUGCCCGCGAUGUGGAGAGCAUGAACGAUUCCACAGUCUCUCUUCUCUCAGAGCUCACCUAGAAUACAGCCACCCGUUCCACACUAAAUAUGACAUCAGCCUCCUGUCCACCAGGGAUCUUCCUGACACACCGUGCAUGGACGGCUGCAAAGUCUCCAAUUCCAGCAUGCAUAAAGUUUGUGAUGCCGGCACAAAUACUAACUCAGCUGCGAGAGGAGAGCACAAGCACUUACUCGGCCUGGACCAAACUCCAUCGCAGCAGCCCGCAGUGCAAAAACUCCCGCCCCCAGUGAGGAGCUUCAGCGUUGGGGACGCAUCGGCUGGAGCCGGACCCCUCUCGGCUCCUGUGGAGUCAGUCGAGAAGAGGCUGGAGGGGAUGAUGAGGACAGCCAAUAGCAGCAUGGAGCGACGUCUGCUGCGGCUGAGCUCAGAGCUGGCACAGACAGACACAGCUAUCCUGUGUGAGCGGGCUCACUCGCAUCACCUGGCCCAGGAGAAACAGGAAGUGCUGGAGCGAGAGCGGGCGCUCAGCAGACAGGUAGACGCCGCCGUUAUGGUGAUCGCCACAAUGAGGCAACAGCUCAGCGUCUCAGAGCACGAGUUGGAGAGGAGAGAACAGGAGGUUAUUACCAUCCAGAGGUUUCUGGAAGCGGCAGCGCAGCAUGAGAUGUGUGGGAAGGUUCGUUUGCGACGGUUCAUCGAGAGCCUCUUGCAGAGGAUUUCCCUGGCUGAGAGACUACUGGAGUAUUAUCAGAGCGUCCCGCACAGGCAUUAUUGCACGCUUCACUCUGUGCCUCUGUCGUCAGAGCUUGGUCCACAUAGAAUAACAGAAAGCAGGUCAUCAGGAGACCAUCUCGAGCAGGAUGAAGAGCAGCAGUUACUUGGUCAGUCUGGAUGGGGACCGUCUAAAGGUUCUUCUGGGAGACUGGGUUACGACAGCUGGUCCCAGCAGAGGAGAGUGUAGACACUCUUGUAAAGCACAGCCAACAUCUGAGCCAUUACUGCGAUUCUUAUCAAGGCACGGCUGUCUUUAGAGUUCCAGAGAGAGAGAGAGAGAGAGAGAGACAUCUGCAACAGCAGCGACUGAUCAAGAUGAGCCACAAACAGGUUCAACUCAAGGAAAGCUCCUGGUCAGCUCACCGCUGAUAACACAGUGUACCAGUCCAACAGCCCUCCAAAGUCCUCCAUUUGGCUGGAAGGCUACCAAUGAUGAGGGAAACCCAGCUGGAAGAGCAGAGCAUGGUCAUGGCUGAUAAUAAUAAU